AUGAAAGAUGCAACAAUAACUGAUAAUACUGAUGAAAUAAACUCCUUUCAUUUACUACCUAUUGCAAAUGUCUUACGUAUUAUGAAAACAGCACUUCCAAAAAAUGCUAAAGUUGCACGCAAAGCUAAAGAAUGCAUGCAAGAAUGUGUUUCAGAGUUCAUUAGUUUUAUUACAUCAGAAGAGACAGCAUCGGAAAAAUGUCAUCAAGAAAAACGCAAAACAUUAAAUGGAGAAGAUAUUUUAUUUGCUAUGGCAAAAUUGGGGUUUGAAAAUUAUGCAGAGUCUUUAAAAAUAUAUCUUGCAAAGUAUCGAGAGACGUUAAAAGUUGACCGUGAACAAAAUACAUCUUAA